CGGCUCCUCCUCCCUCCCCUUUCCCGUCAGACUUGCCUCUGAGCGGAAACUGAAAGUGAAAUAGGGAGCUGGCUACCCGCGUUGAGUCCCCUGUAAAGCUUAUGAGGGUUCCCUUUUCUCCACACCCUCACCAGCAUUUGUUAUAGCCUGUUGGAUAAAAGACAUUUUAACUGAGGCAGCCCCACAAAGGUCUCCACACUACUGCUUAACAGGAAGGGCACAGCUAUGGCUUCAGCAGCACGCUUGACAAUGAUGUGGGAGGAGGUCACGUGCCCUAUCUGCCUGGACCCCUUCGUGGAACCUGUGAGCAUCGAAUGUGGCCACAGCUUCUGUCAGGAAUGCAUCUCUGAGGUUGGGAGAAAUGGGGGUGGUGUCUGUCCUGUGUGCCGGCAGCGCUUUCUGCUCAAGAAUCUCCGCCCCAACCGACAGCUAGCCAACAUGGUGGACAACCUUAGAGAAAUCAGCCAGGAUACCAAAGAGGGCACACAGGGGGAACGGUGUGCAGUGCAUGGAGAGAGACUUCACCUGUUCUGUGAGAAAGAUGGGAAGGCCCUUUGCUGGGUGUGUGCCCAAUCACGGAAACACCGUGACCACCCCAUGGUCCCUCUUGAGGAGGCUGCACAGGAGUACCAGGAGAAGCUCCAGGUGGCAUUAGGAGAAUUGAGAAGAAAGCAGGAGUUGGCCGAGAAGUUAGAAGUGAACAUUGCAAUGAGGAGAGCGGACUGGAAGAGAAAGGUGGAAACACAGAAAUCUAGGAUUCAUGCAGAGUUUGUGCAACAAAAAAACUUCCUGGUUGAAGAAGAACAGAGGCAACUGCAGGAGCUGGAGAAGGAUGAGUGGGAACAGCUGAGAAUCCUGGGGGAGAAAGAGGCUGAGCUGGCCCAGCAGAGCGAGGCCCUGCAAGAGCUCAUCUCAGAGCUGGAGCGAAGGCGGCACGGCUCAGCACUGGAACUGCUGCAGGAGGUGAUAACUGUCCUGGAAAGGAGUGAGUCCUGGAACCUGAAGGACCUGGAUAUUGUCUCUCCAGAAAUCAGGAGUGUGUGCCACGUGCCAGGGCUGAAGAAGAUGCUGAGGACAUGUGCAGUCCACAUCACUCUGGAUCCAGACACAGCCAAUCCCUGGCUCAUACUUUCAGAAGAUCGGAGACAAGUGAGGCUUGGAGAGACCCAGCAGAACAUACCUGGAAAUGAAGAGAGAUUUGAUAGUUAUCCUAUGGUCCUGGGUGCCCAGCACUUCCACUCUGGAAAACAUUACUGGGAGGUAGAUGUGACAGGAAAGGAGGCCUGGGACCUGGGUGUCUGCAGAGACUCCGUGCGCAGGAAGGGGCACUUUUUGCUCAGUUCCAAGAGUGGCUUCUGGACAAUUUGGUUGUGGAACAAACAAAAAUAUGAGGCUGGCACUGACCCCCAGACUCCCCUCCACCUUAAGGUACCUCCAUGCCAAGUUGGGAUUUUCCUGGACUAUGAGGCCGGCGUGGUCUCCUUCUACAACAUCACUGAUCAUGGCUCCCUCAUCUACACCUUCACUGAAUGUGCCUUUACAGGACCUCUGCGGCCCUUCUUCAGUCCUGGUUUCAAUGACAGAGGAAGAAACCAAGCCCCUCUAACCCUCUGUCCACUGAUUAUUGGAUCUCAAGGAUCCACCAACUAUUGAUGGCUUUCUCUGGACACUGCCACUUUCCCUAUUGGCACUGCUUCUCAGCCACAAACCUGCCUCUUUUUCCCAUGAACUCUGAACCACCUGCUGUCCAUGUUCUCAGUAAAUGACCAGUGACAACAUCAAAGUUCCUGGAGUUCUCUGUCCCUGCAAGGUCAAGGCCUGCUUUCCAUGUUCUUCUAGACAACUGGCCAACUCCUGUGCAGAGGCAUCAGGAUCCCAGCAAGCAAGCUUUAGCAGGGAAGUCACUUCAAAAUCAACAUUCCUGCCCUGGAUGACUUUGGGAUUCCCUGCAGUGAAGCAGCCUCCUUAUAUUUGGCCCAAACUCACAUUUUGAUCAACCAAAAACAUGUUUCUGCCUUCUUUAUGGGACUUAAGUUUUGUUUUCUCCUCUCCAUCUCUACACUGUUGCUUUUGGUCAGAUCUCUAUUAUAUAUUGUAUGGUUUGCAAAAGGGCUUCCUAAAAAUAAAAUAAAACUGUGCCUCAGUCUA